AUGGCUCACCAACCCCACGAUAUCUGCUGGGACGUGGCAGCCUCCAGACUCACAUACCGGUCACCAGAAAGCAUUGACUCAGAAUACCCCACAAACUUCUAUGUACUUGUCGAACCAAAGGAGAUCAGAGAACUACACGCCUUUGCAGAGUCCUUUGCUCGAAACAUCGAGGAACAUACGCAGAAUGAGCGGCAGAAAUACAAAGAGACAUACGAGCCACCAAGCCCAGACGAUGUCAUUGUCGACGACAGAAUAGCGCGCAAGAUCACUCCAACUGUUAACAAAUGGCGUCGGGCAUAUAACUGGGAGUUCGCCGAUGGUAUCAAAGAAGGUAAACAGAUUUGCCAACAUUAUCACACUGACCGCAUUACGGACUGUGGAUGCGCGCUGCCCUUCAGGAAAAGGAAAGCAUCUGCUUUUUUUCCGCCAGGAUUUUACAAUCUCCAGCUACUCGAGACACUCCUUACAUAUGUGUGCUCAUAUCCCGACACAGGGUACGAGAGAUGGAAGAGAAUUAACGCGUGUCGUUGCUCUCCCACCGACCUUGGCUGGGACCAGGUCUUCGAAAUUGCCUUACAUGCGUACAUCGGCUUGAACAUUGUGUAUUGCUUUCCGGAGCUGUGUGUCCCAAAGCCCCACCCACAACAUCCAGGGGCACACAAAAACAAAAGAAAAAGGGAUUACCGCGACACCAAGUUAUAUCAGCGGAUGUUGAAGUAUUGCGCACUGUCUUCUGAAAAUGAAGUACCAAGGUACCUACAUCGACAAUUCUUUGGUAUUGCAGACGAUCACUUCACAUAUUGCGAUACGGUUUACUACGAAUACAAUUAUGCCUGGUCCGAAAAGUUCUCGAAGAGCGACAAACCCAAAAGAGGUAGGAUAUCCAGGAAAAACAUGACAUCGGGAAACCCCGAUCAGCCUGAUAAGCCCAGACCAUAUCUCCCACUGAGAUCGGACAUCUUACAAGUCUUGAAUAUGUUGCGCAUCAAAGGACUACCUCAGGAACUGAUCCUGGAAGUGUUGGUCUUGGAAGAUUACGAUACGCCACGACGUAUACUUCCCGAACUGAAAAGGUAUCUGGCUGACUGUUGGCUACUCAUGGUGCGAUGCAAUAUGUUUGCCAAAGCAGUGGGGGCUGAUAUUGAUUGGAAGGCUCAGGUGAUGGAAUGUUUUCAGAGACUUUUGUCCCAUGUGGAUGAGAAUAAAAAAUAG